AUGUAUUCUUAUCACUUAAAGUUUGAACUUUACAUUCCAGCAUCUCCUGAUUUUCCUAUUGAUAUAAAAAAUAAAAAGAAAUCCGUAUUUCCUACUGAUCCAUUUUACAUUCCAAAAGAUAUUUUUGAAACAUUACCUAUACACCCUCAAGAUAAAAGUGUAAAUCAAUCAUUUUUAUUAUAUAGUAAUUCAAAAGUAAAAGAACACCAUAAAACUAAAGCAAAAUCGGUAGAUCUAUCAAAGAAUACCAUUAACUUAACUUCUGAAAUACCCUCAAUUCCUCCAACUCCAGUUUCGAAAGAUAAUACAUCAAAUUUAUCCUCGAAUUCCUUGAAUUGGACAACAGUUGGUAGACGUAAAUCUCUUACAACAACAACUUCAAGUGGAAAUCCUUCAUUUGGGAAAAUUACAACUGAGUGGUUUGAUAAUUGUGAAGAAGAAAGUGAAGUUGAAAGUAUGAGUGAUAAUCAACAAAAACAAAAUAUUGGUUCUUAUGCUGAUGCAGUUAAGGAUGCUCAAAAUGAAGUUCCAGCGCAAUCCUCAAAUACUUCUUCAUUAAGUAAUCUAACUAAUAAUAAUAAUCAAAAGAUAACAAAAUCAAGUAAUGACAAAUUAAUUAAUUCACCCACAGGAGAAUUCGUUCCAAUUAAAUCUGGUAAAACGAAUUUUAGUUAUGGAAUUUUACAUUUAUAUCGUGAUCCAAAAGAAAUUCCUUCCCCAAAUCAAGAAAAUGAAUCUACAGUGAAAAGCAAAGAAACUGAUGAAAGUAUGGAGGAUGAAUUUUUUAAUAAAGAUAAUACUAUAUUGGCGGUAUUGGCUGUACCGUCAUAUUUAAGUGCUUCCGAUUUUUUAGGAUUUGUUGCUUCAGUUGUAAGAUUUGUGAGUCAUUUUAGAUUUAUCAGGUUUGAUAGAAAUUUAAUAUUGAUGAAAUUUCGUCAUGCACGAGCAGCCAAUGAUUUUUAUAAACAAUAUAAUGGUCGUCCAUUUAGUUCUAUGGAGCCCGAGAUAUGUCAUGUCGUUUAUAUAAAAUCCAUCGAAUUUAAAUCUAUAUCCAUUCCACCUUACGCAUUUCCAUUUUUACAUGAUCCUUUCUUACAUACUACACAAGAUAUUUCUCAACAAAAAGCAACCAAUGAUCAAAUUCAACAAUCAUCAUUCUUAUAUGAACUUCCAACUUGUCCAGUGUGUCUUGAAAGAAUGGAUGCUUCUGUUACAGGGUUGCUGACAAUUUUAUGCCAACAUACAUUUCAUUGUAAUUGUUUAAGUAAAUGGGGAGAUAGUAGUUGUCCAGUGUGUCGUUAUAGUCAAAAACGAAAUAUUCAAGAUUCAUAUCUAGAAUCAAGUGAAUGUGGUGUAUGCGGUGCCACAGAAAAUUUAUGGAUAUGUCUUGUGUGUGGAAAUAUUGGUUGUGGAAGAUAUCAAGAGGCACAUGCAUAUUGUCAUUACAAAGAAACAUCACACUUAUAUGCUUUAGAAUUAGAGACUCAAAGGGUUUGGGAUUAUGCAGGUGAUGGAUAUGUUCAUCGCUUAAUACAAAAUAAAUCGGAUGGUAAACUUGUAGAAUUACCGAGUCCAGAUGUUACUCAACAACAACAACCACGCACUGACCCAGUUGAUCAGGAAAAACUUGACGCAAUUGGAUUGGAAUAUAGUUACCUUUUAUCAACACAACUUUAUUCGCAAAGAGUAUAUUAUGAAGAGAAAUUGGAAUCAAUAACACUUAAAUUAUCAAAUUUAACCAACCAGUAUCAAAAAUUAGCGGAUGAUGUAUCAAUAUUAAAUCAGGAUCGAGAUAAGUAUAAAAGAGAGAGUGAAUUUCUUGAGAAGGAAAAAAUCCCUAAUUUAUUGAAAGAAAAGAAAACUGUUGAGAAGAAAGUAGAAAAGUUCACUGAAAGAUCAGAAAAAUUAGAGAAAGAAUUGAAUGAAGAAAAAGAGUUAACCAAAUCUCUAUUAUCAAAGCAAAAUUAUUUAGAAACACAAUUGAAAGAUAAGGAUUCUAAAAUAAAAGAUUUUGAAGAACAAAUACGAGAUUUGAUGUUUUUCUUUUCCGCACAGGAAAAAAUAAAGGAAACCCCUGAGUUAUCUGGGGGUAAUGUUUUUGUUCCAGAAAAUAGUAAUACGGGGAGUGUAAAAAAGAAAAAAGGAAAAAAAUAA